AUGCUCUCAGGAAAACCACUGUUUCCGGUAGAAAUUACCACCAGUAGCUCAAAUCUUGGGAUGUUAUCGGCACACCAACCCUGGGCGGGUUUUGUGUCAUUACCGCAUGCAGAUUAUGAGAUUAUAUUCGAGCUCUUCCUUCCCGCAAACGCCAGCCAUUCGCAAACCUUCUCCAACGCCAACCCUUUGGCUGUAGACUUCCUGACGAAGACUGUCUCAAAGAAGCUUUGGCUCACCCAUAUCUUGAAGCAUAAGUAUGUGCACUCCUUACUCGUGGAGCGCACAAACUUACAUGUGAUCCAGUACAAUCCCAAUGACGAACCAAUCACACCACCGCCCGACCUGGAGUUCUUCGAAGUUGACCUACACAAGAACCAUAUCAGCCGUGAACAGCUCAAAGAGCUCCUCCACGAAGAGAUCGUAUCCUUCUACACCGCCCCAAUCGUCAACACUUGUCCAUAA